AUGCCUCCGUCAUUUUGUGAUCUACCAAAUGAAGUGAUAUUAAUGGUAUUUGAUGAUUUGGGUUCGACAACUACAUUGUGUCUUUUCUACGGAUUAAAUCAUCGGUUUAAUCAAUUAUUAGGUGAAUGUUGUUAUCGCCAUCUCAAUUUUACAUCAUGGGAUCACGAGCUCAUAUUAUUUUACCUUGAAAAUGUAGCACCAGUUUAUGGAAAAUAUUGCAAAUCGCUCACACUCGACGUCGAAAAACGUUAUAAACGUUAUCAACAACUGAAACUUCCAUCAUUCGAUAAAUUAAACAAAUUGUGUACAAACAUUGAAAUAUUAGAUUUAUACAUUCAUUCUCUUAACAAUCUCGAACAAUACAAAAAACUAUUUAAUAAAAUCAAUGAUUUGUCAUUAUCUGUGUAUUAUUUAGACGAAUGUGAACAAUUUCUGAAUGAGCAUGUGUGGAGUAGCAAGACAUUAAUCAAAUGUUCAAUCAUUCAACGUGAAAAAAGGGCCGAUCGAGUUGGUUUGACUGCCCUAGUGAAACUUCUUGUAACCAAGAUCUUGACUUCUUGA